GAUGGGUCCGGCUCCUGUCCUUCUCCUCCUCGGCUCACUGUGGGGCUGCAGCGGGCGCCCCGCUGACAGGCUGGUGGUGACACCGCGGGAGCCGGUGGUGUCGUUUGGGGGCUCGACAGAGCUGAACUGCUCCUUGGCCUGCCCAGGGGGCAAGGUGGAAUGGAGGGGGCUGGACACCGCCCUGGGGACCAUCUCCUCCUUCUCCACCCACAGCAUCCUGCACGUCCGACACGCCACCGUGGCCACGGAGGGCAUGAAGAUCUGCGAGGGCAGAUGCCACGGGCAGCACUACCAGAAAACCGUCCCACUCAAAGUCUACGCCCUCCCAGACACGCUGAGGCUGGAGGCAGCUCCCCACACCCUGCGCCCAGGACACCCCGCCAACCUGAACUGCUCUGCCACGCACCUCUAUCCUAUUGCUGGGGUGACCCUCACCUGGUACCGGGGCCAUCAGGUGGUGGAGAACACAGACUUUGAUUUUGAGGAGACCGAUGAGGAGCUGUACAACAUUGUUUCCAUCCUGUCCCUGAAAGGGACCGAGGUGGCAGAAGGGGUGGAGUUCAGGUGCGAGGUGAAGCUGAACGUUGGGCAGGAGACCUUCACCCUGGUGGCAUCUCUGGUGGCAAGUGCUGAGGCUGUGAUGGAGCAGCCGGUGGCUGUGGUCACCUCCACAGAGAGCCCCGGCACAGCCAGGCCCGUGGCCACCACAGCGCUUCCUCCAGGGUCAAGUGUCCCUACAGGUGACCCCACCACAGCACAGGAGCCCAACAUUGGGACCACCCUGGAUCUGGCUGUUGUCACCAACCCUCCCUCCACGGAGCCCUCUGUGCCCCAGGACCUCACCUCAGGCAGCCCCACGGCGCCUGUGGCCACCACCACCCCCCCUGGCUCUGUCACGGCGGGGACAGGGCCAUCCGUGGGGACAGUGCCUCCCUGCAGCCUGCAGAUCUGGUCGCUGCCUCCCACCGGGACGCGGGGCAGGGCCCUGCGCAUCGAGUGCCACGCUCGGUGCGCCGGGAACGCCACGGUGGGCUGGCUCCGGACCCCCGCAGCCCUCUCGCAGUACCGGGAGGAGUCCGCGGGCAGCAGGACCGCGUUGCACCUGGACCGCGCCGAGCCCUGGCACCAGGGCCACUACCAGUGCGUCCUGCUCGGCCACCGCGCCCAGGUGGUCAGCCUGGAGGUGAUGGUCGUGGACGAUUCCUUCAGCUCGAGCGCUGCCAUUGCUAUGGGGACAGCGGGAUCGCUCCUGGGGCUCAUCGUGAGCGGAGCCGUGUCUCGACGCCUUUGGAAACUAUUCAGAUCACGGUAGCAGCUGUCCUAGGAGUGGGAGCAGCCGGCUGAUGGCCCCAGCCCUCCAGCCGUGUCCCUGCUGUCCCUCCGGCUGCCGCUGGCCUCGCCCGGCCCCCGGCCAGCAAGAAGGAGCGGGAGCAAGAGGGGGAGCAGCUCCGGCGGCUGCCGCGGGAGGCAAAGCCUGGAAGGGCAAUGAGCAGAGGGGUGACA